AUAGGGAGUAUCCCCUAUUAUUUGUGUUCGGAGGAAUGACCAAACACCAUAUUCUAGAAGAAAGCAAAUAUUUGGAAUUUAUUAUAUUUUAUGCGGGGCCAAAUGAAUCAUAUCAAUUACUUGGUCGUUGCCUUACAGGACAGAAGCUCUUACUAUUUUUCACCGCCACCCUAACCCUGCAACAUAGUAAUACUGCUUAUGGGUCUGAGUCCUCUGGGAGCAUCCUCAUGGCGCGGCCUGACUGCCCAGACAAGUGUGGUAAAGUCAGCAUCCCGUACCCGUUUGGCACCGGAAAAGGCUGCUUUCAAGAACACUUUAAUGUCAUAUGCAAUGAGACCGGGGCAUAUCUGGCCUCAACCCAAGUUAGGGUACUAGAGAUCAAUCUUAUUCUUGGUGAGGUUCGUGUUCUGAACCCACGUAUAGCAUGGGAAUGCAACUACACCGACGGCACCAAUAGCAGUGAUUCCGAUGGCUUAAUCCUUGGUCCUUUUCAUAAGCUUUCCUACACAAAGAACAAGUUGAUAUCGAUCGGUUGUGCUACAAUUGGAUUCAUCUUAGGAUUCACCAAGGGCGAGAACCAGCUUUCAUUCCCCAUUGUUAACUCAUGUUUUUCAUUCUGCACUGAUGCAAGUAGCAUGGAUGGUAGCACAGAGUGCGUUGGCAUUGGUUGCUGCCAAACCUCCUUUCCAGGAAACAUCAGCUCCUUCUACACCGGGUCUGGACCAUUAAGAAUAUACAACUCUAGCACCCAGCCUUUCAGCCCGUGCAGCUACUCGUUUGUUGCUGAGAAGGACUGGUUCAAGUUCAAUCAUUCAUAUGUCAGCUCUACAAAUUUCGCAAGUAAAUAUACAGAUAGGGUCCCUUUGGUACUCGAUUGGGUUGUUGGUAAUGAAAGUUGUUCGGAAGCCACCAAGAUGGGAUCACAGUAUGCCUGCAAAGCCAUGAACAGUAAAUGUGUCGAUGUGCCCAAUGGCCCUGGUUACCGCUGCAACUGCACUCAAGGUUAUGAGGGAAAUCCCUACCUACAAGGAGGGUGCCAAGACAUCAACGAGUGUGAACCUCCAAACCAGUCCUUGUAUCCUUGCCAAGGUAAAUGCAGAAAUACCCUUGGAAACUACGCCUGUUUCUGCCCAUCAGGAUUCAGGAGCGAUGAUCCAAAGAACAUACCCUGCGUUCCAGCUGACCCAAAGAAAGCUCUGAAGGUGGUCCUAGGCAUAUCCUUCAGUAUCAUCUUCCUCAUGGUUUGUAUCUUUGCUCUACGUGCUGAGUAUCAGAAAAGGAAGCUUGCGAAAGAGAAGGACAAAUUCUUUGAUCAGAAUGGUGGUCAGAUAUUAUAUCGCCAAAUUAUGUCAAAACAAGUCGACACAUUGAAGAUAUUCACUGAAGAAGAUCUGAAGAAGGCUACAAACGAUUUUGACAAGAGCAGAGAACUUGGCAGGGGUGGUCAUGGCACUGUCUACAAGGGCAUUCUGAAGGAUAACAGGGUAGUGGCCGUGAAACGCUCAAAGAUAAUGAACAUGGCCGAAACUGAUGAAUUCGUGCAGGAGAUUAUUAUUCUUUCACAGACCAACCACCGCAAUGUGGUCAGGCUUCUGGGAUGCUGCUUAGAGGUGGAAGUCCCCAUACUGGUCUAUGAAUUUAUUCCAAACGGCACUCUGUUUGAGUUCAUCCAUCAUAGCUACGGGAGUCCACCCCCGUCGUUGGACACCCGUCUCAGGGUUGCUCAAGAAUCCGCCGAAGCACUGGCGUAUCUGCAUCUGUCCAUGAACCACCCUAUAGUGCAUGGGGAUGUCAAGUCUAUGAACAUUCUCUUGGACGAGAACUACAUGGCGAAGGUGACCGACUUUGGCGCAUCAAGGACACUCCCCAAGGAUGUGGCCCAGUUUAUGACGAUGGUGCAGGGCACCCUGGGUUACCUGGACCCUGAGUACCUGCAGGAGCGGCAACUGACGGAGAAGAGCGAUGUCUACAGUUUCGGGGUUGUGCUGCUGGAGCUGAUCACGGGGAAGGCAGCCAUCUACAACGACGGGCCCAAGGAAGGCAAGAGCCUCGUCUGGUCCUUCCUGCUUGCAGUGAAAGAGGACAGCCUCAAGGACAUCCUGGACCCGAGCAUCGUGCGUGCGGGGACGGAGACGCUGCUGGGGGAAGUGGUCGAGCUGGGGAGGAUGUGCUUGGGCGCCAGGGGCGAAGAGAGGCCUUCCAUGACCGAGGUGGCCGACAGGCUGAAGGUUCUGCGGAGCACCUGGAGGGAAGAGCUUGUGCUGGACCGUGCGGUAACGGAACAUAUGGUCGUGCACAUGCCACCUACAACUGCUCCGAUGCCUGGGGAUCUCGCGUCAUCGUCGUCGGGUGCACCCUCGACGGCGCCGUACAUGUCCGGAAUUGGCAUAGAGGCACCCAGAUGAUAGAGUUCCAUCUGAACCUUCCUUUUGAGCAGCAGUGCCAGGAGAAAGUGUGUCCCUUAGAGGCUUAAAGCUUCAGGAUUUAUACUGUCCAACAGAAAUGUAUAUGUAGUUGUACUGUACCCCCUCCCUAAAGAAAUAUAGGAGCGUUUAGAUCACUACUUUAGUGAUCUAAAUGCUCUUAUAUUUCUUUACAGACAGAGUAUAUUAGAUAAAGGUACUACCAAGUUUGCAAUAUUGUUCAACUACGCAUGAGAAUUCUUUUUGGCGGUGAGGUUAGCUUUGCGCGGACGAGGCACAGUGCAGCGGCGGGGCUUGUUGUUCCUCUCUGCUUCUUGUUGGAGUUUGCUGUCUGUUUCAGUGUGGAGUUUGCAGUGUUAGUGUGAAGGGGCAUAAAAUUCAGUUCCCUUGUUUCCCGUAUGAGAAUUCAGUGUUAGUGUGAAGGAAAAAAUACAGUAGUUAGUAUAUAUCCCUGCUGUUUGGCAAUUAUGUGUUCCCCCUAGGAUUCAUAUUUUGUUACGGCUGCUUGCAAGCAACAAGCUCAUGGCCAUGGAUAAUAAAAAGAACAGGAAACUAGAAAAGUCUGAA